UGAAGUUUCCAAUUGCCAUCUUGUCUAAAGAGGUGGAGGAUUGCACUUCAGUCUCAAAUGAAUGUCUGAAGGAAGGAGACUUGAAGGAACAGGUAGAAGCGAAAAACUUGGAGGUUGAAGAACAUUAAACCAAGGACUGAGAAUCGUCAGUCAUCGAAGAAUCAGUAGAAAGGAAACAGGAUCAAGAGUCUGGAAAGCCUUAAGUGUCCCAAACGAAGAUGCGGAAUCAGAAGAAAAAGUUAAGGACAUUAUCCAUGAUCAAAGCUGCAUUUUCAAGAAAAGAGUGAUGAAACCGUGACAAAAGUUGGAGCUGUGACAAGCUUAGACAACACUGAGAUGAAUGAGGAGCUUGUGAAUUUGAGCUCGGUCAAGAUGAGCAAAGAAAGUAUCAGAAGUUAUGCUAAUCAAGAGAUUAAACAAGUAAAGAAUCCAGAACAAGAAGUGCAGAAAACAGAACCAGCAUCGGAACCCGAAGUGAGUGAAGCUGAUCAAACCAAAGCUUUGCCUGAAACAUCACCUGAAUACCCACCUGAAUUCAUUCCACCUUCUGUUGCAACAUUGCCUUCCAAGGAUGAAGAAAUCGAAACUGCACACUUGAAUCAGAAGUUAAGAGAAGUGAUACAUAAGGAUGCUGAAAUUGUUAAACAUGAAAGCACAAUAGAAGAAGUAUGCUUGCAACAGGAAGUAGAAAGCGAGCCUGGGCUUUAUCAGAAGAAAAAACCAUUGUUGAUGAGGGUCUUCAAAUCGAAGAACCAGACGAUCAAAUUCAGACAAGUUUGACAUCACUUUCUAAGGAUGACUUAUCUGACGCAAAGCAAACAACAGUGACAUGCUUGGAAAAAGAAAAGGUUGAAGAUGGUAAGAAAGAUGAAACUGGUGCUGCUCGAACUAUCAAACUGGAGGGAACCAAAGGAUCAAUCUUCAUCUUAAGCAUUGACUGAAGCUAUUGUGGAACAAGAAACUUCUGUUGCUCAAGCUUCAUUAGCUGAGGAUUCGAGGGAGAUUGAAACCUCUGCAUUGCCUUCUGAGAAACAUGAAACAAUGGAAACUGAAACACAAAAAGAUGAGAGUCCACCAAAGAUCCAAGAACAAACAAUAGAUAUCGAAGAAGCCUCGAAUGUUGAAGUUGAGACAAGUGAAAAUGCUUUUGACAAUGAAUUGAUCAAAGAGAAACUUGUCAAACCAAGUGCCGGAGAAAAUCAGUGUGACAAUACAAAUGAAACCAUAGUGAAUGAAGUUUCAAAAGAAAAUACAAGCAAUCAAAUGCAGGA